AUGGGAGGACCUUAUAUGCCUAGAACGGCCGCAAUAGGAGGUAGACCAACAGUUCCCCUCGAUGUCCCAAUAUGCGCCGUCUUCCUCGCCCUUUUCAUCACCGGCGCCGCCUGCCACAUGACCCUAUUCCGUCGUAACCGCGCAAGAGGCCACAAAUUCAUUCCAUCGGCCGCAACCUUCGGUUUCUGCAUGUCGCGUAUUAUCGCAAACAUCAUGCGCAUUGCCUGGGCCUGUCACCCGACGAACGUUAGAAUCGCAAUUGCAGCAAACAUCUUCGUUGCAGCAGGUGUGUUGCUGCUCUUCAUCUUGAACUUGCUAUACGCACAGCGUAUGUUCCGAGCUGUCUACCCAGUCUUGGGAUGGUCCCGACCAGUAUCGUGGGCGUUCAAAGCUAUGUAUGCUCUCGUCGUUGUGACAAUCAUUAUGGUCAUUACCUGUGUUAUUCAGAGCUCCUAUACUCUCAACUCGAACACCCUUCGAAUCGAUCGCGAUAUCCAGCUCUACGGCCAGACAUACUUUUCCAUCAUCUCAUUCCUACCGCUUCCUCUUGUCUUGCUUGUCCUUCUGUCUCCAAACAGAAAGCGAAUUCAAGAGGUUGGUUCCGGUAGCUGGGUCGUCAAAGUCUUUAUCGUCGGACUUGCCAGCUGUUUGCUCUGCCUUGGCGCAUCAUUCCGUGCCGGUACCUCUUGGAUGUCACCUCGCCCCGUCACUGACCCAGCCUGGUACCACAGCAAGGCCUGCUUCUACAUCUUUAACUUCACUAUCGAUUUUCUGGUCGUGGCUAUCUUCUUCGUCGGCCGUGUUGACCAGCGAUUCUGGGUUCCGAACGGAAGCUCGAAAGUACGUCACUACAGACGGGAUGAAGGUGGUGAGAAGAGCAUGCAAGCUGCACAGAAUGGAUCUUCUCUUCCGGUUCAUGAUGAUCAGGAUAUCGAGAGUGGCGGUAGCAGUAUGCCCGAUCGACUGACCGAAGAAACAAAAUAA